AUGCUAGAAGAACACACAGAGCAAUCACCUUCACAGAAUAAUGUUUCUAUAAGCCACAGCGAUUGUAUGAUUGAGUAUAACCCACCUGGCAAUCAAUCAGUAGUUGAAUUAGAGGCACCAACCAAUAAUUCACUCAUAACUCAAGUCGACUAUCGACAACUCAAAAGUGGUUUUCUUAUUUCUGUGGCUUACAGCUCAGGUAUCGGCGGUCUCGUAACACUUGUAGGAACUGGAACAAAUAUUUUCACCAAGGGAUUCGUGGAUCAAUACUACGCAACCGGGAAACAUGCUUUUAAAAUUACAUUCUCGAACUUUAUGCUAUUUGGUUUACCACUCGGUGUUAUUAUGCUGGUACUCUGUUGGUUAUGGCUACAAAUUUUGUACAACCGAAAAGAAUUCUUUCAUUGCAAGAAGGAUGAAAAUGCUCGUGACUCACAGAGGGAUCUGAAUGCUAUUCUUAAAAAACAGUACGACAAAUUAGGUCCAUACAGUUGGCGCGAACGGGUUAUUACUAUUCUUUUCAUCGUCUUGGUCGUUCUCUGGGUGACACGCGACUUUUCAAGUACUCCUGGAUGGCAAAUCAUAUUUAGAAAAAAUUACGUUACAGAUGGCACAACUGCUAUACUCUUUGGUACGUUGCCGCUGAUUUUACCAGAUCAAAAUCCAUUCCAAAGUGACUGGAAAUACCAGCCGAUUAUUCAAUGGAAUCAGCUGAUGAAAACAUUUCCUUGGGGUGUCUUCAUGUUGCAAGGUGCGGGGUUGGCUAUUGCAGAUGGAUUUAAGGCAUCAGACCUAUCAACAACUAUUGCAACUAUUAUGCAUUUUAUUGUUGGAGCACCUAAAACAAUCAUAAUUUUGGUUGUCAUAAUCAUUAGUGCAGCGUUUACAGAAUUUACAAGCAAUAUUGCAUGUGCUAGCAUUUUAUUUCCUAUUCUCGAUAGCAUAGCGCACACGGCUAACAUGCACGCAGCUUAUCUUAUUAUGGCAUCAUGUAUGGGCGUAUCACUUUCAUUCAUGUUACCCAUCGCUACUCCACCAAAUGCCAUGAUAUUCUCUAGUGGCCAUGUUAGAAUGAUGGAUAUGAUCAAAGCAGGCAUCGGUAUGAAAAUUAUUGGUAUUUGUGUUGUUCUAGUUGCAACGAUCACUCUUGUUGGACCUAUCUUCCAUGUUAAUCUGCUAGUAUCACAUCAAAAUUUCACCACGAUGACUAAUAGUUCCAUCGGCUAA